AAAGUGUGUCGUAACGAAGCGCCGAUGGCAUCCGUUGUUACGUGAGCGAUAAGCACACAGGUGGGGUAGCACCUGCCCUGACUGGCGUGGUAUGAAACACGUGUGUAGCACCAUUUACAGUUAAUAUUAUAUCUGCAGUUAAGUACGAAAAGUAAGAAAACAAACCAUAAGAAAUAUUAACAACAACCCCACAAAUUUCAAUUUAAAGAAGAAACUAUGACAGAAUUUAACGAUGACGAGAAGAAAGUCCACGUGGACGACGUGCUGGAGAAACUGGGGGCGUUCGGCAAGCACCAACUGAUCACCAUGUGCAUGCUGGCGCUAGUCUACAGCACUAACUCCAUGUACAACGUCAAUUAUGUGUUCGCCGUCGAGGAUGUCGGGUACAGGUGCAAAAUCCCAUCGUGUGACGAAUCGACGCCAAACUUCACCACUUCCUGGCUGAUAGACGCGUUUCCAGACGUCAGCGAUGUAACCAUCAAGCAGUGCUCGCACUACCAGAUGCUGAACCAGAACGGCCGUGAAUGCAGUUUUAACAAAACCUCAGUCCCGCUGGAGUGCACUGACUUUGUCUAUGAGAUACCCAACAGCUUUGUUGCAGAGUUUGGUUUGGCGUGUCAGGACUGGAAGCAAGCCAUGGUCGGUACUGUGCAUAGUUUCGGCAACAUGAUCGGGCUACUGGUGCAGGGACAGAUAUCUGACAGAUGGGGCCGCAAAACAGCGGCGGUGUUUGCGGGCACGAUGGGCGCUAUUUUGGGCAUAAGCAAAAGCUUCGCGCCCUCUUUCUGGUUCUAUAUCGUACUGGAAGGACUCGAGGCAGCAAUCGGGGAUGCACUCUCGCCGAUGUUCAUGCUCAGCAUAGAAAUUGUUGAAAAAAAACGCACAGUGCUCUUCCAAAUGAUUCUUCUAAACUGCUACACCUGCGGCCUUAUCAUCAUGCCGUUUAUCGCUUGGGCAGUUCCUUACUGGAGAAAUUUCCUCCGCGUUCUGUAUGCUCCGACCCUUCUCAUAUUGACGUACUCCUUCUUCCUCGACGAAAGCAUUCGUUGGCUUUUCAGUAAAGGAAAGAGAGAACGAGGAACUAAACUAAUUCAAAAAAUUGCCAAUCGAAACGGAGUACAGUUGGACAAAGCAAUGCUUAAUAAGUUAGAAUAUAUAGGCGAAGACGCCUCAAAUGUAAUCAACGAUAGACAGUUACUCCUAAAGACGUUCAAAUCGAAGAUCAUGAUGCAAAGGUUUCUCGUAUGCCUGGUGUGGUGGUUUACAAUCACGUUGAUCAACUACGGGAUGAUGAUUGGGUCGGUAUUUAUCGAAGGGAACAAGUAUAUCAACUUCGCACUGCUCAUGCUUAUGGACAUUCCGUCAAAUGUUUUCUACUGGCUGGCUAUGUCCAAGUACAAGAGAAAACUGCCAUUAAUCUGCUCAUUCAUUGUUGGAGGAAUAUUUUGUCUUCUGCAGCCCUUCACGCCAAAAGGCUACGCGUGGUUGGGACUUUUGCUGUUUAUGGCUUUCGAAACUUUGGCGACGUUCUCGUACAACAUCGUGUACAUUUACACGUCGGAGCUCUUCCCCACCUACACGCGUAACUCUAUGCACGCCAUCUGCAGCGCCAUGGGCCGCGUCGGCUCGCUCAUUGCGCCACAGACGCCACUGCUGCUAUCGUACUGGUCAGGAUUACCAUCGCUGCUAUUCGGACUGACGUCCCUCCUGUGUGGAGUGCUCACCUUGUUCAUCCCAGAGACGGCAAACUGUGAACUGCCGGACACCGUGCAGGAGGCCGAGCGUAUCGGCAAGAAGAAGCAAAUCAAAGAGUUCACUCUACUCGCUUCGGAAAACAAACGUACAGAUACUGGAGACCCGCUGCUUAACGAACAUUGUAAUGAAACAACAUAGACUGCGGCUGGGACUUUAAACUAAAGACAUUAUGUUCAAAAGCUAAGAACAAUUAUCUGAUUAUCAGUAAAGUAAUACCUACCUAGACAUUUUGUUCAGUUCAUUUUACGAGCAAGUUACCUACGUGUUGGUCUUAUGAUAGGCUAAAGAAAGAUAAUAGUGCGUGCUGCGCGUACAGGUAUUUAA